UCAUUAUGAAGUCUUAUUAUAUUUAUAUAUUUAUUAAUAUUAAUGAUUUGAUUAAAAUUAUGCUACUAUAUCACAAAUGAAAAGGGAAUAAGUUCUUGACUUUUGGUGCAAAUGUGCCACACAAGAUCUGCUUCCAGGAUGUGGUCGGAAGAGAACCAAAUAGUUUCUAUGUGAAGCAAAUUUGAAGAGCACACCCCAACCACAAACUGCUUACACUCACACAAGAUUCUAUGAGUAAAACAUUACGAACAUGAGUAUCGGACAACGACAAGCAAAGGAAUAAGCAUCAUAUUUGUGCAAGGUGGCAUAGCAAUGCAUCCCUCAGGAGUAAAUGAUUCAGACAACAAUCAAAGCACAUGCAUGAUACUUCCUGAAGAAAUCCAUCAAACCAUCUUGCCUUGGCUCUAUCUCUGUUUGGCUGCCCUGGGCCUUCCAACCAAUGGAAUAGUCUUGGUCGAUCUUUGGAGAUCAGAGAGGACACCCACUGCCAUCUUCACUUUGAACUUAAUCGUGUCAGACCUGCUGAUGUGCAGCAGUUUUUUCUUCAGAAUAGCCUACUACAAAGAGAACACCAAAUGGCUAUCUGGAACUCCAGCCUGCAAUGUAGUAGAGCUGAUAAAUUUUUCUUGCUUCUACAUUAACCUCUAUUGUAACAUGAGCUUCCUUUUGUGGACCAGCAUCAAUCGCUAUGUCACAGUGGUAAAACCAAGCUACGCUUUCUUUCAGAUCUUUAAACAUACUCGGUCUAGUUGGAUCCUCUGCUUUUCUACCUGGUCGGUUGUCACCACAGUCGUCGGCACUAGCAUGGGGCUUAAACUGGGCCGACAAAUCAAUGGGACCUGCUUUGACCAAGUUGUCAACAGUAACAUCAUCUAUAAAGAUCAAUUCAAAACCAUCCACUGUGUAGGUGUGUCAGCAUUCUUCUUCAUUUUGGGCUUGAUGGUGGUCAGCUAUAGCCUGCUGGUCUUCCAUCUGCAGAAGGUGAGGGGAGGUCGAUUUGGACCCGGAGGAAGUCUAAAGGUUCGCAGGAAGAUCCUGGCCUCGGUCAUAAUGUUUGUACUCUGUUUCCUACCCUACCACGUGCAAAGGAUCAUCUUAUUAAAAUCAGAGAAUAAAAACUGUCAGGAAGGGUUCAGGAUAAAAACAGGCACCAUCUUCAUUGCAGCUCUCAGCUGUUGCCUGCAUCCCAUCCUCCAGCUGGUGUUUCGUUUGCGCUGCUGUCGGGCAAAUCGCAACACCAGGGCCAAACCCAAACGUGAAACCUCCAAGAGCCUGGAAACACCUCAGAUACAUACUAUACAUGUGACUGAAAACAUUGAAGAAUCUGAGAAAAAUAAACUGGAAAUAAGCCAAGAACUGAAGAAAAAUUAAACUGAAUUAAGCAAGCAACCAACACUGUUUUGAAGAAUUUGGUUUGCAGGUUUGCAUUUCCUGUGUGAUGCAUUCAGCAAACUCUGAAAUAUGCUAACCUCAGGGAGCUGUUCUCACAUUUACAACCAUUACUUAUUAGACAGAAAAAACAAAACAAAAAACAAACUUAUGACCAAUUUAAAUGGUACAGUGGUACCUCCUCACUUUUUUACAGUAUACAUAGUAAGUCCUUGUUGUCUACUGUGGAGCAACCUUCUCUGUAUCAGUGACAACUAUUAUUUAAGUAGGGCUGAAACGAUGUUAAUAUUCUGCUGAGUGCUUUUGCAUGAUUUAAUUUAUAGUAAUAAAUAUUUUAGGCACACAAUAUAUACUUUGCAUGGUCAAAAUGCAUCCAUAAAACAAAUAAAUAUAAGUAUCAAUGGGAUUUUAA